AUGCCAGAGCUAUACAAGGCUCGCUGGAAACUCGUUGAUGACGUGCCUCCGGUUGCAAUGGCCCCAGUCACCGACCUGUUCCAGUUGUACUGUCGCGACGAGAUAUCAUUCCAGGCAAUCUUGUUUGACGCAGCCAGUCACCGCUCAGCCCUCCAGGGCAAGCCAGCGCCUCUUGAAUACGAAAACCGCCUCUUGCGGGCCAUCAGAUCCAAUCUUCACACGGCCAAGAUUGGCGUAAUCCUGGCCACGGCGGUCCUCUGCAACAUCAAGUGCAUGGACGGAUCAGGCGGCUCCUCGCACUGGCUUGGCUUGAAAGAAAUGAUAAACAUGCGCGGCGGGCUUUGUGCAUUCAAGAGGGACCAUCUCUUGUUCACGAAGCUGGUUUGGUCCUUCCUCGCGCUGCCUGGGCCUUUGACAGGGUUCGACUUUGCCUCGGACCUCGAUCGUGGAGUUCAAGAUCUCAACGAUCUAGUUCGGUCCCGUCAGAAAGCCAUUGUCAACCUACUACCGACCUCGGAGGAAGACAUGGAUCGUUUGACCGACUCCAGGCGGAUAAAGGCAUUCAAGUCCUCGAAGCUCCGAAGCCUCCUGCAGCCACGAUCAUUAGAGCACCCAACAGAGCGUAACUGUCGUAUUGCAGUCAUCCUGUUUCUCACCUCAGCACUGAUGCUCUAUGGUGACUUUGAUUCUGGUACCGACUUUUUCAUCGAGAAUAUCAGUCGACACCUACAAGAAGUGGAUGAUAAUGCCUCACUGUCACCGCCACACCUACUGUGGUUUAUCGCUCGGUUAAGCAGCAUGCAUUCUACUGGGGACAGAUACGCUCAAAUCUGGGUUGGCGUCAUAAGGAUGUCAACUGCGUUCCAUCGAUUGGCCGCUGCAGCACAAGACAAGGCAGAAAUGCUGCUGUUCACUUCGCUUGAAAUGCCUGAAACGUUCGACAAUAUACCUGUGCGGUGGAGAUUGGGCGGAGAAUUACGCAUCGAUGCAGAAGACGUCCACCAAUCUAUGCAAGAUCGCUCCGUCCCUGCAGAAUGUUUCUGCGAGCUACUUUGGUUUACUGAGCCGCCAAGUGAAUGA